AAAUCUCAGAAGUGGGAUGAAAUGAACAUCAUAGCUACGUACCACCCAGCAGGGAAAGAUUAUGGCUUGAUGAAAAUAGAUGAGCCAGCUACUCCUUAUCACAGCAUGGUAGGAGAAGAUGAUGAGGAUGCAGUGAGUGAUACAGAAGCAAAUGAGCCCGUAAGAGCAGAUGUGUUGAGUAAAAAACUGGCAGCUGCAGCUGAAGGUAAAGGACCCAAGAUUAUGACAAAGCAAGAGGAAAGCAGUGAGGAGGAGGAAGAAGAUGAAGAAUUAACACCUGAAGAACGAGAGAAAAAGAAACAGUUUGAAAUGAAGAGAAAAAUGCACUACAAUGAAGGACGAAACAUCAAACUGGCACGACAGCUCAUUGCAAAAGAACUACAUGGUGAAGAGGAUGAUGAUGAUGAGGAUGAAGAGAUGCACGAUGCUGCAGAUGUAGAAACAAUGAAUACAGAAGUUGCUGAACAUGGGGAAAGGAGGGCUCCAAUAGGCAACCUUAUGACCUUUCUCCAUGGCUUGAAGCUGCCAUCCUUCUGCACUCUGCUGUAAAACAGAGGCAACUCCGCUCGCCAGCUGCAUUCACCAGUGGAAAAGAAGGCACACCUUUGCAGCAUUUUUCCAUCUCUAUUGUUGAAGUCCAUUCCACAUUCCUUCAUAACCAGCUUCAGAGCCACCCCUGACUGAGAUUUCUUGCUGAUUGAAAUGAAGAUGGCCAGUCCAGUCAGUAAUGCACAUGCUACUCAUGACCAGCUGGGAAGAAGAGCAUACAGCAUAGAAGAAAUCUGUCCAGAACUGUAACUGCUUGUCAAGGACACAAAUAUAAACAUCGCUUCACAAUUUUUGCUAUUAAGGCUCUUAAAUAUUGAGAAGCAUAUCAGUUACAAUGUUGUAUUGCCAAGAAUGUUUAUUUUAGACUUGUCUGUUAGGCAGAAAAAAACCUGUCUAAUUGGUUUAUUCUUGUGCCUAGUAUUUCAUGGAGAAUACUGCUUCAUAAUCUGUUCAACCAGAAUGGCAUUCCCUGUAUGUAUAAUGCUGAUUA